AUGCUUAAGAAAUCCUGUCCAGGUUAUCAAAUCUUUGAAAUAAAUUUUCAGACGGGCCAGACAGAUGGUGAUGACAUUGGUUUUCAAUUUAAGCCCUUGGUUGGUCAAAAUAUAUACCUCAACAGCUUUAGAAAUGAUACCUGGGAGCAAGAGGAAAUUGUUCCUGACAAGUCCUUCACCAAGGGAGCAGCCUUCAUUAUUUUUGUGUUCAUCAAAUCAGAUGGUUAUGAGCAUCGCAUUCCUCUAGAGAACAUUUCCACACUUAGCGUUAAUGGAGAUGUUUCCCUCUCCAUCUGUGGCCUUAUAAACAACUGGAGUAGCUCUUCGUGCUCUAAAGAAGUAAUAAAAAUUACAGGAGUAGCAACCCCAGCCACCAGCCUUCCAUCCAUCCCAGCAGAAGUUAAAAAUGCAGUCAGCAAUCCUACACUUCCCUAUGUGGGUAAAAUACCUGAAGCAAUAAAACCAGAGAUGGCUGUGUUCUUUCAAGGAAAUGUUCCUGCAGAUGCCAAAAACUUUAAGAUAAAUUUCCAAACGAGUCAGGCUGCUGGUGCUGACAUUGCUUUUCAGUUUAACCCCCGCAUUGGUGAAAAGAUAUACCUCAACAGCUUCAGAAAUGGUAGCUUGGAGAAAGAAGAAACUGUCUCCAGCCAGCCCUUCACCAAGGGAGCAGCCUUCAUCAUGUUGGUGGUCAUAAAAUCUGAUUGUUAUGAGGUCUACAUAAAUGGUGUAAGACACUGCACGUUCAACCAUCGU